AUGAUCCGGUCUGCGCAACUGGUGUCCUCAACAAUCAGUAUGGCGUCUUUUAAAUCGAAAUUGAAUCCUUCAUGGCCACAUUUUCUCGGUAUCUCUACCAUUCUUUUUGGUUUUGUGAUUGGAUUGGGUCAUUUGACUCUUAGUAGCUGGUCAGACCCUUUCCACUGCAACGCAUUAUUAAACGACGGGAGCUGGAUGGACGCUAACUAUCGCAACUGGCAACCAGAUGGGUGCAUGCUAUACGCGUACCCCGAAAAGGACUCCGCCGCCUGCCUGAAGUCCAAGGAACUCAUCUUCAUUGGCGACUCUGUGACUCGCACGCUCUUCUUCCAGGUUGCCCAAUCACUGGACAAAUCCCUCAAACUACCAAUAAACGACUCCAAAAAACACUCCGACCACAAACUUCAAACCAGGUACGGAACGAACCUAACAUUCGCGUGGGACCCCUUCCUGAACACCACGUAUACACACGGAAUCAUUAAUGGCGCGAAAGUGAACGAGGUGCUGCACAGGCAGAGCUCUGCUCAACGCCCUGCAAUGAUCGUUCUCGGCUCAGGAUUAUGGUACCUCCGUUAUGCUGAUUUGUCUGGUGGCAGUGCAGCCUGGAGAAGCAACAUGGAGCGUAUAUUUUCCGUAUUAAAUAAAGGUCCAAAGCCGGCUGAUGAAGUCGUUAUUCUUCCUGUGGGCCAAGUUGUACCCUCGAAGCUCUCUGCUUCCCGCGCAGCAACUAUGCACCCUUCUGACAUCGACGCUAUGAAUUCCGAGCUCUACCAUCACAUCAAUCCCCUGGCAGAACAUCCUAGACGUGGCUUGCCACCAUCCCUGCAUCUUCAUCAAACGCUCUCGCUUCCACUUGUUUUCAACAAGAUGUUGGAUGAAUCACUAACGGAGGACGGUCUUCAUUUCGCUGACAGCCUUGUCAACCUUCAAGCUAGAAUUUUGCUCAACCUCCGCUGUAACGAUAUUCUACCAAAAAAAUUCCCUUUGAGCAAGACUUGCUGUAACCGCUAUCCAAUGCCUUCCAUGUUACAAUUUGUAUUUUUGGCGGCAGUCCUUCUCUCAGGUCCUUAUUUCCUCUAUACAACCUACAAAUCAGGAAUGGGUGGCGUGACUAUUUCUGCUGCUCUAGCCAACCAGCAUGCCCUUCCUGCGUUGAUCAUUAGCGCAUCCAUCGCCCUGAUUUACACUGCCGAUCGAACUGACUUGUGGGUCAAGGAGCAAAAACAGUUCAAUCCAUGGACUUUCGGAUUUCUGUGCAUUUCAUCACUGGGCAUAGGACUGGUCACAGUGAGACGAGGAGACAAGGAUUUGGGAUACCUGAAUCGCGACCAGACAGAUGAAUGGAAAGGUUGGAUGCAAAUUGCCAUCCUCGUUUAUCAUUACUUCGGGGCCUCGAAGAUUUCAGGGAUCUACAACCCAAUCCGCGUCUUGGUUGCGUCAUACUUGUUUAUGACUGGCUAUGGGCACGCGACUUUCUACAUCAAAAAGGCAGAUUUCGGCUUUUUUAGGAUAGCCCAAGUCCUAGUACGGCUGAAUUUCUACACCAUCCUCCUCGCCUACACCAUGAACACCGACUACAUAUCCUACUAUUUCACCCCGCUCGUGUCGAUGUGGUAUCUUGUGGUUUACAUCACCAUGGUCAUUGGUGCUCGAUUUAAUGACCGCACCUCUCUCCUCAUAGGCAAGAUUCUACUAUCUGCUGCUUUUAUGACCUGGUUCAUGAAUGAGAGCUGGGUGUUAGAGGGUGUCUUCAACGUUCUUCGCCGAUUUUGCGGCAUCCAUUGGUCAGCGCGCGAAUGGUCCUUCAGGGUGAACCUUGACCUGUGGAUCGUCCAUGUGGGCAUGUUGACUGCGAUUGCUGUCAUCAAAUUCCGCGAAUACCGCCUGGGAGAUCAUCUACGUUGGCCACUAGUCCUCAAGCUGUCCAUCGUCGCGUCAGCAUUGAUUUUGAUAUGGUUCUUUGCAUUUGAACUGUAUCAAGAAUCCAAAUUCACAUACAACACCUGGCACCCCUACAUUUCCUUCCUACCUGUCCUCGCCUUCACUAUCCUCCGAAAUUCAAGUGUCAUUUUGCGGUCUUCGAGUUCUCGAGCGUUCGCCUUCCUCGGCAAAUGCUCCUUGGAGACAUUUAUCGUUCAGUACCACUUUUGGCUGGCUGGAGACAGCAAAGGUGUCUUGCUUGCCCUUCCGGGUACCCAAUGGCGGCCUAUCAACUUCGUCAUCACCUCUAUCAUGUUCGUCUACCUCUGCGAUCGCAUUGCGUACGCCACCGGCGAAAUCACGAACCGAAUAUGUGGGGUCAGAAUACGAGAGCUGCCUCAGCUGCCUCCACCUGUAACUGCGCCACCAAGCAAUGCUGCACCUCAAGAUGUCGAUGGCCAAGAGGUGACGAUCAACCUCGCGCCGCUACACGGACGCAAGGACGGCGCAGGAAACCCGCUGCCAAUGGAGCCUGACACACCCAUCCGUCCAAGACGGUGGGUCGAUCGCUUAGCGGAGGACAGUCCAUCGCAACCAUCUGCCCUCCAGUCGUGGUUCGCAGAAAGUGGAGGAGCCCUCCGUGUAAAUGCCAGAUUGCUCAUUUUCAUGGCCGUCCUCUGGUUAUUCAACAUUUUCUGGCCAUACCCUUACAACACCACCUCGUAG